AUGACUUCAUUUGAUGACAUCUUGGAGGAAGUGGGCAAGUUCGGCCGCUGUCAGAAGCGCGUCUUCGCCCUUCUCUGUCUAGUCUCCAUGCCCUGGGCUGGCGUCUACGUGGGCAUCGUUUUCCAGGGUUUCACGCCGGACCACUGGUGCAAGGAUGGAGCGGUGGAGCAGUGGAGGCUGCAGUGCGGUCGCAGCCCAUCCGAUGCCCGGCGGUUGACUGCGCUGCUUGUUAACUCAUCGGGCGAGGUGCAGCGAAGCAGCUGCGAGCAGUACGAUGUCGAUUGGAACGCUACGCUCGCCUGCGAUACGCAGGAAGUUGAUGUCAGCGGGAUGCCCACCAAGCCUUGUGCCAGCGGGUGGGAGUACGACUACGAGGGGAGGCGGUCAUUUGUCACCGAGUUCGACUUGGUGUGCUCAGAUGCCUGGCUGAUGGACAUGUUCCAGGCAAUGCUCAACAUUGGCUUCCUUCUGGGGAGCAUCGCUAUCGGUUACCUGGCCGACAGGUUCGGCAGGAAAUUGAGCUUCGUGAUGUCCAACGUGUUCAACGGCGUGGCGGGGAUAUUGGUGGCAAUAGCGCCCAACUAUUUGUCUAUGAUAAUCUUCAGAGUGCUCUUCGGGUUCGGCGUUAAGGGCGGAUGGAUGGCGGGAUACGUGCUGAUCACAGAGAUCGUGGGUGUAGAGUCGAGACGCACGGUGGGCGUCUUGUACCAGAUGUUCUUCAGCGUGGGCCUUCUGUUUCUCCCCCUACUUGCUUACUUUAUUACUGACUGGCGUUGGCUGCAGGUGGUCAUCACCAUUCCCUACUUUGUCUACAUCCUCUACUACUGGCUCAUCCCGGAAUCUCCAAGAUGGCUUCUAUCGCAGAAUAGGAAGGCCGAAGCGGUGGCGAUCACCGAGGCCAUGGCUAAGGAGAACAAAAAGACUCUUUCCAAAAACAUAGAGACUCUCGCGGACGAUAAUGCCGAUGACUCAUCCUCCGCCUCCUUGAUGGACCUCAUCCGAACGCCCAAAAUGAGGAAGCACACGCUCAUUCUGAGCUACAACUGGUUCACCAGUGCAGUAGUCUACCAGGGACUUAUCAUGCUUCUGGGCAUAAUGGGAGGAAACGUAUACAUUAGUUUCCUGAUCUCAUCCCUUGUUGAGUUCCCCGCCGCCUUCUUCAUCCUCUUCACCAUCGAGCGCGUGGGCCGGCGUCUCCCCUUCGCCGCAGCCAACGCCGUGGCCGGAGCUGCCUGUUUUAUCACCGCCUUCCUUCACGACGGUUGGUUGAAGACGGGGGUCGCUUGUGUGGGUCGACUGGGCAUCACCAUCGCUUUCGAAAUGGUCGUCUUUGUGAACACGGAACUCUACCCUACAUUUGUCAGGAACUUGGGCGUGUCAGUAUGUUCGACACUCUGCGACGUGGGCGGCAUCAUGGCCCCUUUCCUGCUCUACCGGCUCGCCGCCAUCUGGUUGGAGCUGCCCCUCAUCAUCUUUGGCUUCUUGGCAUUCCUGGCCGCCGGUUUGGUCUUAUUGCUUCCUGAAACCCGUGGAGUCCCGCUACCCGACACCAUUGAUGAUGUGGAACACCCGAACAAGACAAAGCAGAGCGCAAUGGAGACGCACCAGCAGUUGUCCAGCAAGCUCCUUCCUAACACCAACAUUUCCACCAAUCAAGACCCCGCAAGUGUCUGA